CAGUGGCCAACAAACACAUUCAGGUAUCCAAGGACCGGGAAAGCAUCUCAUUUCACUUCUAGAGGCUCUGGGAGAAAGAAGGAGUGAGGGCAGCGUUGACUACCUGAUCAGAGAGCAAUGAAAAAAGAAGCUAUGAAGGUGAUCCUCCUUUCCUGCUUCACCCCAAGAAGCCAGUUGGAACAGCAAAGCUAAAUCCCGCUGGAGAAGUUCCAAAAGAAAGGGAUGGACCACUUCAUCUGGAAACACUUGCGUUUCCUUCAUACUUUUUGGAACAAGUGUCUGCCCAACAGAGCCUCCAGUAACUGUUCUUUCGAGUCCUGGGAACCGACCCCAGGAUCCCUGCAUCCCACGCUGGAUCCUGACCCUGCUGAAGACAAAGCUUCCCUCUGUGGGGUGCUGUACAACUUCAAUGCCAGGAGUGCAGAUGAGCUGACUGUCAGUAGAGGGGACAAGCUGUAUGUCCUCAAAGAAGAAGGGGGAUACGUCUUGGCAAGGCGCCUAUCUGGAGACAGACUCAUGGGCUACAUUCCAGCUAACUACAUCAGCAAGAUCAGCGAGGAACCAGCCACCCAUCAGUCCUGGUACAUAAGUGGGAUCACGAGAAAUAAAGCCAACCAGCUGCUUCUCUCUCCCCCAAAUCGCCAUGGCUCCUUCCUCAUCCGGGACAGUGAGAGUAACAAGGGAGAAUACUCUCUGUCAGUUCGGAACCGCAGCAAAGUGCGACACUUCAGAAUCUUCUCGACUCCUGCAGGAAGUUUUUACUUGGAAAAGGAACACGUCUUCCCGAGUCUGGAAGAACUCCUGGCCUAUUACAGAGUCAACUGGAAAAUCAUCGAAUGUCCCUUGUCUCAGCCGUGCAUCCAAAAGAGGGCUUCUGAGAUGGAUCAGUGGGAACGUCCCCGGUCUGAGUUCCAGCUCUGGAGGAAGAUGGGGGAAGGAUGCUUUGGAGAAGUCUGGGAAGGAAUGUGGAAGAACACAGUGCCUGUGGCCAUCAAAAUUAUGAAACAAGCUGACAUGAGGGACGACUUUGCCAAGGAGAUCCAGAACUUGAAAAGUCUGAAACACACAAGACUCAUCAAACUUCUGGCAGUCUGUUCUGUGGGGGAGCCAGUUUAUAUUGUCACUGAGUUGAUGAGGAAGGGCAACCUCCACAGUUACCUCAACACUGCUGCAGGGAAGGAACUGACCACACACCACCUCCUCAGCAUCUCUUGCCAAGUCGCUGAUGGGAUGACCUACCUGGAGGAGCUACAUAUUGUACAUCGAGACCUGGCUGCUCGAAACAUACUGGUGGGAGACGACCUUGCUUGUAAAAUAGCUGACUUCGGCCUCGCCAGGCUCCUCAAGGAUGACAUCUACUCCACCACCAGUAACGCCAUGAUCCCGGUCAAAUGGACAGCGCCGGAAGCUGCCAUCUUCCAGACGUACUCACCCAAAUCAGACGUUUGGUCCUAUGGGAUCCUGCUCUACGAGGUUUUUAGCUACGGAGAGUGCCCCUAUGACGGGUUGACCAAUCAGGAGACCAUCCAGCAGAUUACUCGGGGCUACCGUCUCCCUCGUCCCAACAGCUGCUCCCCUGAAAUUUAUAGCAUCAUGCUGGAAUGCUGGAAGGGCCAUCCCGAAGAGCGGCCAACUUUCCUCAACCUGCGGGAUGCUCUCUUUUCUAUUUACAAAUGGGCCCGUCAUCCAUUCUCUUGAAGGGGAGAUACCUCCUGUGGCAUUCUGCCCACACCAUCUGCCCUUCGUGCUCAACAGGAUGUAGCAGAAGUGCUGGAGAUUCCCAGAUCAAAUUUUCUUGGGCCUGGAGGAACAUUUGUGCCUUUGAAGGUGGACUAAUAUGAGAGGUUGAAACCAGGGAGGUGGGCUACGGGCUCUACCAGUCAGAAA